CCCGAUCUUUCCCGUUCGGCAAACUCGCGCAACCACGUUCAAGGCCUUCUUUUACGACGACGACAUCGACAAGCAAUUGAACGACGCAACAGGCUUCCACCGCCCUACAAUUCAAGAUGGUCUCCUACGUACGUCCGAACCCUUCGAUACGACCGCCGAGAACUAGCUACAGAUAUUCACGAAUGGCUCGAGGCGUCUUUCACCAAGUGUGCAAUCGACUGACGUGAUUCUCACCAGACUCCCAUCCGCAUGUCGGAAUUCAAGAGCAACUAUGGUCCUAAGUACCAUCCUCAGCCCAACGUUGCUGGCAUCACCCCCCAGUCUGCCUUCCGAAUCGGCUCCCGUCUGGCUAUGUACGGUGCCCCCGCCGCUGUUGCUGUCCUCCUCUUCGCCAACGGUAUCCCUCGUGUGCAGCGCGAUGUUCUCCAGAAGAUCCCUUUCCUUGGCAACUACUUCCGAAAGGAGAUCCACCCCGCCGACAACGUAAGUCUUGACUAUGAUACGAAGCAUUGGGGUCGGUUAUUAAUAGUCUGUAUAGCCUUUCUAAGUUAUCUGGUGGACUUGAGGAAGAUAGACGUUGUUCAGCGCCCCUGCCGGCUCUCCUUGUAUAAGAUAUUCCAAUAGACAUGUUAUGAGCCUUGAA